CUGUUCUCGCGGACAGGUAUCGGUGGAAUGGCCGCAGCAUUGACUCUGGGACUUCGAGGUCACCAAGUCAUCAUCCUUGAAGCAGCUGCUCAACUAGCCGAAGUCGGAGCCGGGAUUCAAGUGUCUCCGAACAUGUUUCGAUUGUUUGAGCGCUGGGGCCUUGCGGACUUGAUCCAUUCCCACAGCGUAGCACUAGAACACAUCCAUAUUCGACGCUGGAAGAACGGAGAACUCCUCGCGACCACACCAGUCAACAAGAUACACGGUCAACAAUUGGUAAUCCACCGCGCUGACCUCCACAAGUGCCUCGUCAAAAAGGCCUUAGCCCUUCCAAACCUUGAACUGCGAAUCGACUCGCGAGUUACGGGCGUAAGUCCUUCUCCCGGGUUUGUGACGCUCACAAACGGGGACGUCAUCCAUGGCGAUAUCAUCAUCGGCGCAGAUGGUGUCAAGUCUGUUGUCCGCGAGUACGUACUGGAGGACCCAGCCUUGAAAGCCAUCGCCACAGGCGACGCCGCGUACCGAAUAACACUACCGCGCAGUCUCAUGGAGAAAGAUGCAGAUUUGAAGAAAUUGAUUGCUGAGCCACAGGCCACCCGCUGGGUUGGUCCAGGCCGACACAUCAUCGCCUAUCCGGUGCGGAACCACGAGCUGUGUAAUGUGGUUCUCAUUCAUCCGGAUCGACAAGGUAUGGAGGAGUCGUGGACAACAAAGGGCUCGAAACAAGCCAUGAUCGAUAAUUAUGCCGGCUGGGACCCUGUCGUUCACAAAAUGAUCAGCCUAGUCGACGAGGACGAUGUACUCGAGUGGAAAUUGUGUCUGCAUCGUCCUCUCAAAACCUGGAUCCGAGGCUCGGUGGCUUUGUUAGGCGAUGCGUGUCACCCGAUGCUACCAUAUGUAGCACAGGGCGCAGCACAGGCGGUUGAAGACGCGGCCGCUCUUGGCGUACUUCUGUCGACCAUCUCCUCUCGACGAGAGAUCCCCCAGGCUCUUGCGGCCUACGAAACAUCUCGGAAGCUCCGAGCAGAUGGAGUUCAGCAGUCGGGUUCCGCUAAUCGUGUGACUAUGCACUUGCCCGACGGACCUGAACAGGUCGCUCGCGACGCGCAGUUCCGACUGUCAGCAGUAGGAGCGAGUCCGGACAGAUGGUCGGAUCGUGAGAUGCAGAGGAUAUUGUGGGGUUGGGAUGCCGAGAAGGCAGCUUUGGAGGCUUGGUGUGAGUUGAACGGCGGUAGUAAACAGAGCGCAAGAUUGUAA